GUAUCGGGAUGUCGGAUAAUCCCGGUUUCCGACAAAGGAUAUGCCCCUCCAGGGGGUUAUCGGAAGUUCAACUACGCUCGCACAUUUCCGAAGCUUGUCUGGAGGCCUGGUGUUGUCGUGGUUGCCGUAUUCGGAGCAACAACUGUUGGUGUGUUCCAGGCUAUCAAUAAAAAGAAGGCGAUAACUGAGAAGUUCGAGGAUGUCGAUAUUAAUAACGCGAUGGAGCCGUUUCUCACUGCCGAACGUGAUAGAUAUUGGCUGAAGCUAUUGAAGAAAAAUAGAGAUCUGGAAGAAGAAAUCAUGAAAGAUGUUCCCGGGUGGAAGACAGGUAAUCUUCGUUUUUUACUAGUGACCCGUAAGUAUUUUUGCUGUAAGAAGUGGUGA